CAAUAAGUUCUGAAAUCAAUGAACACGGAAUAAGUGAAUACAAAUCAAAUGUGGUUAUGCAAAUAAUAAAAGUAACUAAAUUUUGUAUGGUUUGCUGUUUGAAGUCGAUAUAUUUCGCUAUUGUUCUUCUGCCACUAAUCAGUGCAGAAAGCCUAACCAACGGAACCAGUGCCACGAACGUCUAUCGACCAUGGAAAACAAUAUCAUUAAGAGUUCCAAUAUUAGUCAUCGUAAGAAAUAUAAGCCACCAAUAUAUCACUUCAGUUUUAGAGACAGGUACAUUUGCUACCAUGUACAAUGUGUAUUUCUUUCUCUACAUCCAUCAACAUCUUUGUCGAAGUUUUCACAACAUCCUCAUAAAUGUGGAAAAUUACAACAAAACUCAUGAUACAACUAAUUAUAUUAUAUGCCUCAACAAUAGUAAAAAUUUCCAAGAAAACAAAGACAAGUAUGAAGAUGACAAUGGGAAAAUCAAUGAUUUGAGUAGGAGCGUGAAACAAUAUUGGAAGCGAAAACAACUAGCAUUAAAAAGUAGGCGAGAUAUUACAGGAGUUAAAAGUCAACUUUACUGCGAUGAUAUAUUCGAAUUAGCAUUGUGUAUGAUAACUGCCAUUUUUAUAGAGGUUAUUCCGAUUACUAUUCGCUACGCUUGCAAGAAAACUGCACUUUGCUGGCGAAGGCUGUUCUGCUGUUUCUAUCAUCGAAACUAUACGAAAACACCUUAUUUACGGCAGUAUUUACAUCAGCAGCAUCGUGCUGCCAUUAACUGUUUUUGUGAUGUUUUGAAAUUGAGCGCAAUAAAAUUUAAGAGAAUAUUGGAUCAACAACAAAAACAUUUAUGUAUACUUCAACAGAAUCAUUUAGCCAUUUUUGCAGUGAUAACUGGGGAAAUAUAUCCACUUUUUAUUCAGGGAGCAACUACUCAGUCACCCGAGAUAAGCGUACCAGCUAUUGCCGACAGUUUGUAUAUCUCAGGAGAAAAACUUAUAAUUUUUCCUGCAGUGCCAACAAUGAUGGCAACUACAGCUAUUAUUGCACAGAACUGUAAAAAGUUCUGCCACCAUUAUUUGCUAAAAGCUGUUACAAUAAACCCUAUUACAUUUUCAUUUUAUGCACAAAUCAGAGCAGAUCACGGGCAUUGUAUUAUAAUGCCUAAAGAAAUUCGACUGCUUCCGAAACAGAUAACUUAUCUGAUAUGGGAAAUUAAACAACUAAGGCAGCUUGACGUUUCUUGCGAGUAUAAGUAUUUCGUUUGUGGCGGAAAGAUAAUAGAAAAUAAAUGUGCUGCUAACGAGAACAAGGACCAGACACUGCGGCACAAUCUGAGAAGUUUUGCAAUACUUCUACUAUUGAUUGAAUACUAUGACACUGUAUAUGAAAACUAUGACAAUAAUUAUGCAAAAUCUCAAAACAAUUGUUACUUGAAACUCUUCGAAGAGCGGUUAUUGAAAAUAUCUAAAGAUUGUGGAAUAUUAUCUACACAGAUGAAUAAUUUUAUAAUCGGUUUUUGGAAAAAAGUCAAGUAUGGUCGUGACAUUUCCGUCAUACACACAAAUUCAAUAUUUAAAGAACCACAAUUAGGUGCAAAGCGUAAAUCUAAGCCUAAUUUUGGAAAACAUAUUCAGCCAAUGAAACUACCAAACGCAUCACCAUAUUGGAAUGUGCCAUUUCGCUCGGCAGCAACAUUCACAUGUCAACGCAUACAAGAUGAAGGUACCAAUUGGAAAGAAUGCUUACAGGCUAUAAUUAAAUUCGACCUUUGCUGUUGUUGUUGGAGUUUCUAUUGUUAUCGUCGCAUUAGUAUCUCUGUCGGAGUUUCGAACGGUUUUGGUAGCAAAUGGUAUAGGUGCUAUCCCUGGUAUAGGAGGCAAUAUGCUUAUAAAUUUCUGCACUGCAUAUAUUGCUACUAUUAUUUACAUUGUUAUUAUUCUUCAAUUCAAUAUUGUUGCUACUGUUGUUACUCAAAAUUUUGUAAAAAAUCCGUAAUGUAUCCAUGCAACUGCUCAAAUAAUAAAUCCAAUCAUGACUUCCGUAAGUACUGCCCUAACACCCAGCGAAAUGAAAAGAAAACUGAGGAGCAGAGAGUUUUGCUACAAUUGAAUUGCUUUCAGAAUUUUUUUCGACCACAAUAUCCGACAAAUAUGAACUGUAUAAGUAGCACACUUUCUGCAUUGUACUUCUGUCAUAGAAUUUAUUGGUUUCAAAAUACGCAGAACUGUUGUUCACACAUCACCAAGCCUAACACAUUAGUUAACACAAUGAAUUCGGUAAAAACUGCUUGUGCUGAGACAAUUUCAAACAAAAAGGUUGAUUUUAUCAAUUCCAUCCGAUCUACCGCUAUAUAUUUAAUCAAAUGUGUGUACAUUGAACUAAUUAAGUUAGAAGAUUACAUACGUAGACACAUAGUUAUAGUGCUUCAGACUAAAAUAUCAAUACCCCGAUCGACUGCCCUCGUAGUAAAGAUAACAAGAGAUCAACUGCAACAACAACAACAACAAAUGGUCAACAUUGCACAUGAUCAGCAAUUAAAAAUGAAUUAUUUAUGCAAAAUUUUUUGCAAUAAUUGGAAGAGGCACCGACGGAGGAAACGGCGACGUCGUCGUCGGCGCAUGAAUAAACAAGAGCAGCAGCAACAUCAAUCCGUCCGACUACAGCAGCAAUACAUAAACAAUGAAAAAGAAACGUUAUUAAGUGACAUCAACAGCUCACGUUUGCAUAUAUUGGACUUUAAUGCUUGCAAAACUAUCGCCACAAAUGUCCCUGUGCAUAUGAUAUUAUCAAAAGCACCAACUGUAACAAUGUUGGCCGCAAUGCGUUUUACAAAUACCAAAAUUGCCUUGACCGAUGGAAACCGAAAGGAUGCAAUAAGUCCGUCUCAAACACCUGCAUUGAUUUCUUCACCAUCAUUAACAACGACAGCUAGUACAAGAUUAAGCCGAAGCCGCAGCAGGCCGAAUCUUGUUUGGCUUUUUAUUGGACUGGUCUGGUUUGAAGGUCCAAAAUAUGUCAAUUGUGGUAUACAGAGUACUAGUCAAUCUUCACAAUCUAAUCCUCAGUCUCAAUCACAACCACACGCAGCAACACAUACAGCAGAAACAACACUUGAACCGCUUCCAACGUCGGUCCUACUUUCCCAACGACAACAACCCAAAAUUCCACCACCAGGGAUAACAUCUAAUUUGCUUUUAUUGACACCCAACUAUAAACAAAUAUUCAAAGGAUCGAUGUCAUUUAUACAGAAGGGAUCAAUUGCCGCAAUUGCCAACACCGCUAAGUAUAAAAUUAAGCAAGGGGCAAAGAGCAGUCUUAAUGGCAAAAUAAUGCAUAUUGGCAAUUGUUUCUCUCCGCGAAGACGUGCUUCCAUAAUGGCCACAAAAACAAAAGGCAAGCUGACACAAUCAUACGACAACGAUCCCAUAAUGAUAACCGAUCGCAAACGAUACAACUGGCUCGAACCAGGGGUGAAUGUGGAGGCAAAUUUUUUGGAUGAAGAAGCACAUAGUGCACAUAGCGAUCACGCUCGUCUGGAGUCUAUUAAGAGACAGAUAUUGACUAAACUUGGUUUAAAACAGAAACCCAACGUAUUUCACCCACUUCCAAAGCAAUUUAUAUGGGACACCAUAUAUCGUGCAGACGGUAUUCGCAGCGUUGUCAGUGAUUUAGAUUUCGGUGAAAAUGGAUCACAUCGAAUGGAAUUAAUGUCAGACUUAAAUAGCACAAAAGAAACACGAAGAUCGCAUUCUGCAAAAGCAAAUGGUAUUACAAAUCUUUUACUUAACAGCCGAGGCUUCCAGAAUGGUGAAUUCGCAAAUACGAUUGGUUCAGAUGCCGAAAAAGUUUUCAAUGUAAAUUAUAACGAUUACUUGCAUCAUGCGCGGUUUGACGAGUCUCAGAUAUUAAACGAUAGCCAGUUAACGAAUAAUUUCACAUAUCUUAUGCAUAUUAGUAAACCAAAGCCAAAUAAAAACUUCCUAGGAGUUGAUGAACCGGUAUAUAGUGAUAUAAUUUAUAAUGAAAAAGAUGAUUUACUCGAAACAGAGACCGACGAAUUAAAUCACAAAGUGAACCACGGUAUUCAUAAUGUUGGUGAACCUUAUUCUUAUGGUGAAAACAGAGAUGGGUAUAAUUUACACCAUCGGAAAUAUUCUUUGUCAGCAGAUCAAAAUAAAUACGAAGGUGAUGAUUUCCAAGGCGACACACAAGAGCUCAUCAUAUUUGCGGAGAAAGGAAAAAUGAUUAAACAACAUCGACUAGUUGAGUUCGCACCACAAAGAAAGUACAUGUCAAAUGAAAAAUUUUUUGUUAGAAAAGCUGAAAUUCACAUUCGGAUUGAUAAAUUGACAACAGGGUGCAACGAUAAUGUGAAUAGAAAAAAUCGUGGAUGUGGUGGCAAUAAAACGAAACCCAAACUUUGGAUAUUUCAAGUAAUGGAAAAUAAUACAACAAAGAAGAACUGCGAUAAUUCUCCUCAACUUUGUGUUACAUACGAUGUGGAUAUAAUGAACUUAGGCUGGCAAAAAUUUGAUAUAACACUUACAGUCCGGGACUGGUACACACGAGCACCGACGGAAAAACUGCGACUUCUUAUAGAUUGUACUGGUUGUGGCAAUCAUUAUAUUUUACAUUUGUUUAAUCAGCCAUUGGAGAAUUCGAAACAGAAACUAUUAUAUCUCCAGCAGGAAAAACGAUACCGUUCGGUGAAACGUAAUGAUCUUGUAGUACACUGGAGGCAACCACGUUUGAACCGUAAUAUUAUACCAGAAAGACAUAGUGAUGUUAAAGAGCGAGUAGAACAGCGACCAAAAGCAAAAAUUUCUUUGUUAUGUAAUAGUAUUUUUAACUGCAAUACUAAGAAAAAUUUCACUUCAAACGUAGGCAACUAUAAAUUGAAUAACGUUCGCACAAAAUUAUUUAGGCCGCAUGUAUUUUUAGGAUAUUCAGAUCAGUCUAACCGCCUGCAACCACAAGUUCCUCUGGUCCAAGGCAAACCGAACGUUAAUUCACAACCGCAAAAGUAUACGCACUUAAAAAGUCCAAUUUCAUCUGAAUUAAGUCCUAAUCGACCAUUUCUGGUAUUGCGUACAGAAACGAGACGUCUUCGACGUGUACGACGACGUGCAAUUGAUUGUGUUGGUGCAAUACAUGGUCAGUGCUGCAAGGAAUCGUUUUAUGUGUCUUUCAAGGCAUUGGGUUGGGACGACUGGAUCAUUGCUCCACGUGGCUACUUUGCUAAUUACUGUCGAGGAGAUUGUACAGGUCCCUUUCGCACUCCUGAUACAUUUCAAACUUUUCACGCUCAUUUUAUAGAAGAAUAUAGAAAAAUGGGGCUUCUGAAUGGCAUGCAGCCCUGCUGUGCACCAGUAAAAUUUUCAAGCAUGUCUCUUAUAUACUAUGGUGACGAUGGCAUUAUUAAAAGGGAUCUUCCAAAGAUGGUAGUAGAUGAAUGUGGUUGCCCAUGAAGAUAUGCACCUAACAUUCGAAUAAAAUACGUAUAUAUGUAUUCUUGUAAAAUAUUGGUUGUGCUGAAUCAACUUAAUUUAAAAAUUUUAAUACAAAUAUAUACAGCAGCAAGACAUAUUAUUGCAAAUUCUAAUUCAUACGUACUUUAAUUCUAAGACGAAGCUGCAUCGAAGAAAAUAUACUCCCAACCCUACAACUUUACGUUAUAAGCUUUUUCAUGCUUUUCUAUGAUAUCACAAACACAUAUAACUAUGAAAGUAUGCAAAGGAUUAGAAAUAAAUUUGAAAGAGGUCUGUAUGAUGCAAUUUUUCGUGCUGCUUUUGUAUUGGACUUAUAUUUAUAUGAAUGAAUGCUUGAGUGGAGCUUGUAAUACUUAAGAAAGGAUCUAUAAAUAGUUUUGUGUACAUACGCAAAUAAUUUUGUUCGAUAGUCAACGAUUGGUACUUUCAUAAAAGAACAUUUAUUUUCAUUAAAAAAUCUUUAUUAAUUCUCUUUAUAAAUUAUUAGUUACAAAAACAUCUUUAAACAUGGGCAUAACACAUAUGUAUACCACAUAAUAUGUAAAUCGUUUUUGCACAUAGUCAUAUGUAAAUAAUCAGUAUUAAUAAAGGAAAAAAUAUAUGAUGACUAGUGUAAAUAGAGGGAAAACUUAUUUUUCAUAAAUAUGUGGGGAUGAGAUGGACUUAUAUACAUACGUUACUUUCAAUAUAAUCGAAAAUUACUAAGUAGCAAAUAAAAGAUAUCAUAUAAAAUAGAUCAAUUAACUUUUACAAAUUAGUAUUGCACUGUACAACUCAUAAAGUUUACCAGUUGAGAACUUAUCGCUCACAAUUAAUGUAUUGAUGUUUUUAAUUACAAAAAAUACCGCUCCGACCAAAGCUGAUGAAAUUAAAAUAUAUAUGAAUUAACAAACCAAGAGGUCUAAUUUCUAUACAUAUUAAACAAUAUUAUAUUAUUACUAUAUCACUUUGACUUUGUAAUAUUAGAUAUGAUUGACUGAUUAAUAGUUUAUAUGCAUAUAUAUGCUUAUUCCUAAAUUCUCCAAUACUAUUUCCCAAUUGUAUAAAAUUAAUUUUUUAGCCUCACAUUAGGCAUUGUGUUUGAUAACCCUCAACAUUGGUAUUUCAUGUUUUCUUUUUUAUGCGCGUUCCCACUGACAAAAAGAAUUCAAAUAAUAACAAUCAGAACUUCAUCAACACUAUGUACAUUUAGAUAAUGCACUUGGCUCAGGGAGAAAGUAGAAGAAAGGCAUAUAUGUAAAUAAAAUAAAACGUUGUCUUUUGAAAUACUACAUACAUAUACAUAGAUACGUAUUUGCGAAAGUUAAUCACACCCUAAUAAAUAAAAAAUAUGCAUUGUACAUGUAUACCCUGUUAUCAGAAGUAGUCAAAAUCAAUAUUUGCAAACUCAUUUAAUGAGCUAAAAAUUAACUCUUCCUGAAAAUGCUAGACAUUUUGCAAUUGCUAUUUUUCCAGAUCAAUAGAAAAUUUGAGUUUGUCAAAUUAAAAUAUUUUAACAUAUAAAUUUUGCCCUUUUUUUAAUUUUAUUUAUUUAUUUUUACUUUUCACACCCAAACCAGAAGUUGACUUCAAUAUCUGUAAUAUUUGUUAGUAUCAAGUUGGUAUGUUUCAAAAUCUGUCAAUUGAUAUAUAAUUGAUAAGGCAAAUUCUAGCUGACUAGUUGUUAGUAUGCAAUUAGCAAACUAGUCUCUAGGGUACAUAUUUACAUAUGUGCACACCUGCAUAUUUUACAAUACAAAUACGUGCUAAUGUUUUGUAAGACAAUUGAGACGAAAUUCUAUCUCCACUAUAUGUAAAUAAAAUUUGUUUACAAAUCUCAUAAACUAAUUAAUAAUUAAAGUACAUGA